CCUCCCCACUCCCAAAAACUAAAAGAAAUUCCCGCGCAAGUGCAACCAAAGCCCUCCAAAUUUCUUCCAUCCCUUCAUCAAAAUUCCACACACAAGAUUUCAUCCGUAGAUAGAGAUCAAUCAUGGCCACCGCCUCCACCAGCGGUAGAGACGAAGACCCGCCGCCGCCACUAACCGAUACCGAGAUCGUAAACCUAGCCCAUCAAAAUAACCUCCACGCUUACCUUCUUUCAACGUCUUCCCACACUACUGUCCUCUCCUACCUUCACACCCGUUCUCGUUCUCUCACUCCUUCAAUCGCCGUCUCCGAGUAUACACUCUCUCUACUGUCACUCAUUUCUCUCUCUCCGUAUCAUCCUUCUCUAUCUUCCUUACUCUCCUCUCUCCUCUCUACAUACACCCAUCUCUUCCUUUCUUUCCAAAUACCACAUGACCCCAAUUCCCUCAAAACAAUUAAUCUUUUCGCCACCCUAUUAAACUAUGUCCCUGUCAAGGAGCUUGAGUCCAUAGUUGAGUCAAUUGUAAUGGGUUUGUCAAAAUUAUUAGGUUCUGAAGAUACCCAGAUACUUGAUAUUCUUCCGGGUUGUUUUAGCUGCUUGUGUGUUGAAAAAGGAAAGGAAUGUGUGAAUUUGAUGUUGGAUAGGAUAAUUGAGAGUGACUGGUCAAAAGGAUUGUUGGUGAAGAUGGUUUUUCUCUCAAGGGAACUUGCAGGAUUUAUUGAUAAGGUGAGAGCGAGGGAGCUGUUGGAGAAGGUGUUCAAGGGAAUGAAGAGCGUGGACUUACAGGACUUGCCUUUGCUUUCAUAUCAGUUAUUGGUUUUGGCGUCUAAAGGGUUCAAUAAAAGGGAAGUGAUUGCUGGGAUUAUGAGGUUUUUUGGGUCUGAAUUGGUAUCAAAAGCAAGUUCCACCAUUAGACAAGUUGAAGGGACUGUUUUGCUUCAUGUUAAUUUUGCUGUGAAGCAGGAUCCCUCUCUGGGGCAGGAGGUUAUAGGGCUUGUGAAAUUGGACCCCAAGGCUCUUAAUCAUUUUGCUGUGGCUGUUUUAUUGUCUGUUGCAAAAGUUAGGAAGUUUAGUGAGAGUUCCAUGGGGAUUUUGAAAGCUUCAGUUCUUACAGCUUAUAGCGAUUAUAAGUUUUCCAGGAACUGUCUGUGGUUACCAGAUGAUUCAAAGAAAGAAUAUCUGCAAAAUGUCCAAAUCAUGGAGAAGUCUAUAUUAAGAGCUGUUAAUGAGAGCAACUAUGGAAGGGAGCAUAUUGUUCCUACCAUUGUGCAGUUUAGCUUUGCUUUGCUAGAGUCAUCGGAAGGGGGAAAGCAUGGAGACCUCUGCAAUUUUGAUGGUCUGUUGGGAAUUGAAGAGCUUAGUGUUCAGAUGCUGAAAAUUUUAUUUGAUAUCCACGACAUGGCAAGAAAUGAGAUCAUUGAGCAGUGCAAGUUGCGCAUCCUUUCUUUGAAGCCAGAGCAAAGCAUGUCAGUCAUAAGACUGGUAUUUUCUCUGGUUCAAAGUUAUCCUUACCCAGUGUUGGAACAUGUUUCUCGUCUGAAGGAAUUAUUAGAUUACUUCACUUUUGUCCGUGGGAAUGUUGCCUCAUAUCUUGUUGCUGCUCUAGCUCCUCUAUUCAAAUUUAAUCGUGAUCUUCGGGAUUAUACCAUUUUGGUUGUUCGUAAGGCCAUGUUUAGAAAAGAAGAUGCAGUUCGUCUUGCAGCGACAAAUGCUACUAUUAGUGUUCUAUUGGCAGAAAAACAAUCCACAAGAGAUGGCCUAUUCUCCUUUCAAGACUCAUCAAGCCAAGCAAGUUGCAGCCAGAAAGCUGAAAUACCCUGUGGCUAUUCUGGAGGUCUUUUUCAAGAGUUGAGUGGUUUACUACAAAGAUGUCUUUAUCUGCAGGCAAAAGCGAAGAAAGCCAUGUAUCAUGGUCUUUUGAGGCUUGUCUUGGCAGAUCCAGCAAGUGGGGGAGCUGUAUUUGAUUUCCUCUUGCCUCACUUCCUUCAUUUUUUCAAGGAGGAUGAUGUUGUUCAACUUCAAAUUGGUAGCUGUGUUAAAUCAGAUGGUGGCCAAGUUGUCAUUGAAGAGCCUCUGGAUUGUCUUCUAUCUUGUGUUUCUUGGAUUUUGCUCCUUCAACCACAUGAUAAAGCCAGUAAUCCAGAUUCCUUAGGGGCAUGUUUUGGUUUCUCCCUUUCUCAAGAGAACGAGGUAGGAAGACAUCUGUCCGGUGAGGCAUUCUCCAAGGCAUUCUUGCAGAUUCGAAAAUUUCUAAAGAAGGGAAAUUUGGAAGACAUUCUUAGUGCGACACAGGGUUCUGGUUCUACAUCUGUAGAAGAAGAAAAUAAAAAAUGCCGAGCAUUGAUUUUAUCAGGCAUUAUUGAGGUGGUAUUGAAUACUAUUGCUACUGAAUUGGAGAAAGCGACGGAUUUGAACAGGGAAGAUCUUGAAAAGGAAAUUCUUGAGUUCGUAAAUUUUAAUGAGUCACUGGAAAAGUAUACUUGUGCAAAGCAGAGUUCUGUCAUCAGAAGUCAGAACGUACAAGCUAAUGCGCUUGAAAUACCUUAUCUUAGUAAUAAGGGAUUGACUCAAGAAUGGAUUCCAUUCUUUGCAACUUCAAGUCUCUGUCAGCUAAUGAAAACAGCAAUAAGUCUACACAAUAGUGAACGCUCUCGAAGUUCUGCAGCUUCCCAAAACCAUAGCCAGUUGCCCUCAAGGGAGACAUCGAAAUGCUUUAAGAUUAUUCGUUUUGUCUUGAAUAGUUCCCUUCAUCACAUAAGAUCUUACUGCACUGGAAGAAAAGAAGAACCGUUGAAGACUUUAAUAUAUGGGGAAAUCAAUUUAAUGGGUCCUCCUUUGCUGAAACUAAUUUGCUUGCUUAAUUCAGGACCAAAGCUUGCAACAGAUCAGAAAAAGGAAAUGAAGGGGAAAAAGGAUGUUGAAGGCGGAAAGGAGCACCUUCACCUAGCCUUAAUCUGUUUGAAGGAAUUGAUUACAAUUAGUUUGAAAAAUUCACACUCAACUAGCUUGCUUGAAGAUUUGUUGUCAGUAUCUACUCUCAAGUAUGAGAUCGAUGAAGAAGAUGAAGAAAUUUCCAGGAUUGCUGAUCAACAGAUAAGAAUCAAGAUGAAUUUCAUUGUCAAAAUUCUGAGGCCACUGAUCACUGAGCUUCUAGCACAAUCAUCUUUUCAUGAGAUCGAGAUUGUCUGUGAGAUGUUAUUGUUGGUUUGUGAGAAAUUGCCCUCCAGAUGGAGGAAUUCUAAUGGGUCCUGGAGUAUUCAUCUCUGCAAAAAGAAUGGUGGCAUUAGAAAUUCCAAGGUUGCUAGAAGGGUUGCUGAACUUGCAAUUUCUUUAAGCUCACCACCGGAUGAUUUAGUUGUAGCUCAAUACAUGGCUGAGGAACUACUGCAUGUCAUUGGAUCGGAGAGGAACACCCAAAUAGAGAUGACUGAAUCUUACACCAUAAUAAACCAGUCGACAAGCACUGCUAUAAGUUCAUGCAUACUAAAGUUAAUUGAAGCAGUUAUCACUGAUAUGGAUUGGGCCGUGAAAAAACUAAAGAUGUUCUCUCUGGUAUUGCAGAAAAGCAUUCAUCUUAGUCAGAAUGGAGAAGAGGUUUCUGAAUUCCUGGUUGAGGAUAAUCUUUACUUGAGGGCUGAAGCAGUGGUGAAAGUACUAUCUUGCUUUGUUUUGAUGAGGCUUAAGGAUCCCCAAGCAGAGCAUUUUCUGAGAUUGACUGCAAAGUUUUACAAGCACUUGGCUCAGAUUUCAAGACUCAGAAUUGCUCCAAAAGGAUGCAAACAACUCAUCCCUUGUCCGACUUUCCAGAGGCUUGUGGAAAUAACCUGCAAGCAGCUCACAGUUCCUCUUUAUAAAUUUGUUGCGGAAUUACAAAGGGAACAACAAGAAAAUCCUAAUACUAAGGGUAUCAUCAACAAGAUCAAGAGAGAGAAUAAAUGUAUUCCUGAUCUGAUUUUUCAGAUAGAAGAUUAUGAGAAAUAUCUCAUCCGGCUCAGCAAGGUGAGCAAAGUGAAUUUACUGAAGCAUGCCAAGCGUAGCACCUCUAGGGAUUUCAGAAUAUUAGAUAAGAGGAACAGUGGAGAAGAUGCUCCAAAUAGCCAUGAGGCUGCCAAUGACAAUGAGGGUAGAUUACAUGAUUCAGAGGACAAUGAAUCAGAAAGGAUUUUGUCACCUCAUAUGGAUAGUCCUAAUGCUGCAGAGGAAUCUGACGUUGAGAAUGGGUGCAGUGUUUCUAAUGGCAGGAGAAUAAAGAGGAGUAGAGUUGUGCAGGACUCUGACGAUGAAACAUAGGAAAACAAUUUUGCUUUGAACAAGAGCCUCACAUGGGCAAAGAGUUGCAAUCUCCAUAGAACGUCCUGCCCCCUUUCAUAUGGCACAUUUCAUCACAUUUUUUACUGAAAAUAUUUUUCCGAUUUUAUGAUAUUGGAUGUUGAUGACAAUUUUAAUCUAAUAAUUAGCAUUGAAGUGGUGAAAUGAAAAUAUUCCAGUUUCGAGUACAAUGUUUGAUAUAGAUGUUGACAUUUUGCUGUCGACGUUCUGACAUUUUCAAGCCACUUGAAGGAGUAGAAAGGGGUACCUCCUUUCUUUUGAAAAAGAAAAAAAGAAAAAAGAAUGCAUUAUGAGUGCCAACUUUCAAUUA